AUGUACAAGUCAUUGGAAUCGGAAGUGGGCAUCUCGGGAGGUUCCCUCGUCAGACCUCAACACUGUAAGUUCAUUAUUAUGUUCGGUAAUGUUUCAAAAUUGUCUUCGUUUAACGAUUGUUGUGUUGAAUUGAUAAUGUUAAUCUUUGAACAAUUAGAUUUUUAUGAGUUACAAUUAUCAUUUUCUAAUUUAAAUUCCUAUUUAAAUAACAUAAUCAAUGAUAAACGUCUUCAUAUUGCUAUUAAUCUCGCUUCAUAUGAAUCACCGACAAAAUUUCAGUAUUAUUUUAAUAAUCUCUCAACAAAUAUUCUCGAACAACGUUUAGCAUCUGUAAUAUUAACAUCAAAUUAUUCAAGUUUAUUUCUAGUAGACACAUAUUAUCAUCAAUUAUUUAGAUCAAUUCAAUCUCUAAAAUUAAUGGAUAUGAAUUUUGAACAUUUAAAAUCAAUUUUAUUUAAAUUAAAAUUAACAUAUCAUUAUCAGUUAAAAUCUUUACAAAUUGAAACAUCAAAAAUUGAUGAUAAACCUGAAUUAGCUAUUAUUUAUGAACAAUUAUUUCAUUUAUCAAUAAAAUCAUCGUCAAUCAAUUUUCAUAAUUAUGUUUAUUUAACAAACGGUAAACUUCUUAAUUUGAUUAAGAAUCAGAAAAAAAUAGUUUCGGGAGAUAGAAAUAACGAUAAACGUUAA